UACAUACAUAUAUAUAUAUAUAAGGUGUAACAUUUUUUUUUUUCAACUGUUCGAUUCGGCUUUGGCUUUUUUUUUUUUUUACCAAUUCUUUCAUUCGGGGUCGAUCACACACCAGCCAUCAAGCUGAAUUCCUUGUUCUUUCUCUCCAAGAUGGGGUGCUUCCGCCGUACCAGGGAGGACGAAGAUGAUAAACUACGCAAAGAGCAGAAUAAGAAGAUUGAAAAGCAACUGCAAAAGGACAAACAAGUCUAUAGAUCUACACACAGACUCUUGUUACUAGGCGCUGGAGAAUCAGGCAAAUCAACAAUUGUCAAACAGAUGAGGAUAUUACAUGUCGAUGGAGGGUUUGGCCCUGAAGAGAGAAAGUUGAAGAUUGAAGACAUAAAAAGGAAUAUCAGAGAUGCAAUAUUGACUAUCACUGGAGCUAUGAGUACAUUAAAUCCACCUGUAGAGUUAGAUGACUCAAGUUUAAUGCACCAUGUCAACUACAUACAAGAAAUUGCUAGCCAACAAGAUUUUGAUUAUCCUGCAGAAUUUUAUGAACACACAGAAAUUUUGUGGCGAGAUAAAGGAGUACAGAAUUGUUAUGAACGAUCUAAUGAGUAUCAGCUUAUUGAUUGUGCACAGUAUUUUUUAGAUAGAGUUCAUAUAGUAAAGUCUGCAGACUAUACACCAACAGAACAGGAUAUAUUAAGGUGUCGUGUGUUAACAUCUGGAAUCUUUGAAACCAGAUUUAUUGUUGAUAAAGUAAAUUUCCAUAUGUUUGAUGUAGGCGGCCAAAGAGAUGAAAGAAGAAAGUGGAUCCAAUGUUUUAAUGAUGUAACAGCCAUAAUAUUUGUCACUGCAUGUAGCAGUUAUAAUCUUGUACUACGAGAAGAUAACACUCAAAAUAGACUUAAAGAAUCUUUAGAAUUGUUUCAAAGUAUUUGGAAUAACAGAUGGUUGAGAAGUAUCUCAGUAAUUCUAUUCUUGAAUAAACAAGAUUUAUUGGCCGAGAAAGUGAAAGCUGGAAAGUCAAAAAUCGAAACAUAUUUUGCUGAUUUUGAACGUUACGUAACACCUGUAGACGCCCAUACUGAACCUGGCGAUGACCCAGAAGUUGUCCGAGCAAAAUACUUCAUUCGUGAUGAAUUUUUACGAAUUAGCACAGCAACCAGAGAUGGACGUCAUUAUUGCUACCCCCAUUUUACAUGCGCCGUCGACACAGAAAAUAUCCGCAGGGUAUUCAAUGAUUGUCGCGACAUCAUUCAGAGGAUGCACUUGCGUCAAUAUGAACUUCUCUGAUGUGUGAUGAUGUCGACGACAAUGAUGAUGAUGAUGAUGAUGAAGACGAUGACGACGACGACGAUGACAGUGGUUAUGGCGGCAGCGGUAGCGACGACGAUGACAAUGAAGAUGGAGAUGAGGAUGACAAUGAGGAGG